UUUUAAUAUAAAAGCAUAUAACAAUACGUACAAAGACAUUGUACUCAUCACCAGUGAAGAGUAAUAAACAACCACCAAAAAUGUUCGCUAAGAUCGCCGUCAUUGCAUGCCUUGUCGCUAUGGCUCGUGCCGGAGCCUUACUGAACGCAGGAUAUAGCGGAUAUGCUGGAUAUGGCGGUUACGGCGGUUAUGGCGGACACAACGGUUAUGGCGGAUAUAGCGGAUAUGGCGGAUCCAGCGGAUAUGGCGGAUACAGCGGAUAUGGCGGAUAUGCUGGACAUGGCAGUUAUGGUGGAUAUGGCGGAUACGGAGCUGGUGGAUCUGCGGUGUCCCACGUAUCUGUUACUAAAAAUAUCGCCGCUCCGGCCCUGAAUUACGCUCAUUCUUACCCAUCAGUCAGUUACGCCAAUUCCUAUGCACCAGCCGUGUCAACCAUCUCGCAAUACCGUGUCCACGCUCCUGCUUCUCUUGGAUACGCCUCCGCUGGUUAUGGUGGUUAUGGUCAUGGCAACAACUAUUGGUAAAUUUAAUAUUGUGAAACGGGUAUUCUAGAUGUUAUAGAUUGAAUAA